AGAGGCACUUACUAAUCUUCUUUCUCCAGAUAGUGCUGUUAUCACAGGCAACCUCCUUCCUACUCAGAUUGUUAUUGAAAGAAGUGAGAAUGCACUAAGCAGUUAAGGUGAUUUAGCGGCUAUACAAUUGAAGCUUAACAAUGGAAAAAAAGGAAGUGCCACCCCCAGGCUCCUAUGAGGUUCAAAAAUCAUUUGAGAAAUCACAUAGUAAAAGCAUCUACAUGCCUCCCCGAACCACAUUGGCUAAAAGAAAGCAUUCCUCUUUUCUCAGUGCAACACCUAGAAAAAAUUUACCCACUACUGACAAAAACAUACCAGGAAGAAUCACCACAGUUGGAGGCUUUUUAGGCAUCAUUAAGAAACAAUUUAAGAAAAUUUUGAAGCUGUGUCAGGCUAAUUUGCUUUCAGCAUUUGGUCAAGGACCUGGGACGUACAAUCCUGUAGCGAAGUCAGCUUCCAGUAUUUCCCUGUUUGUUUCCAGAGUGGAGCGAUUUAAGGAUGUGAGAGAGAUUACCCCUGGACCAGGAGCAUAUGAGCUAAGUCCACUAUUUAAGGACACUGUUCUGAAGAGAACAUUUAAUGCUACCUUACAGAAUCCUAUUGCUACUCCGAUGAAGAACACUUUUUGCAAAUAUAAUGCAGUGCAGCCCGGCACUCUCUGUGUGUCUACUUAGGAAUUCUUUAUUGGCAUAAUCCAGCAUUAGUGUCUAUUAAUGAGUGAAUCAAACUGAAAGUUCGCUUCCAAAGGAGUGCCUACAUUUUAAUGAUGUCCUCCAUCAGCUGCUCAAAGGAACAUGAUUGCUCUUAUAACCUCCAGAGAUAGUAAAGCUGUUCUUGCAAGAGAUCUUAUUUAAUUUUGCCCUCCUCUGUGUUUUUUUCCUAUUACCAGACAUCUGUUCCAGUUCUCUUUUAGCUCACGAAGCACUGAUUGUCCUCUUUUUAAAGUACAACAGCAAAUAAAAAUAUGAGAUAAAAA